CCCCUGCUCCCUGGCCUCCAGAAAGCGUGGACGGUAAAACAUAUGCAAAUCUGCAGAUUAUCAUUAUCUAAAUGCAGGCAGCUGAAAACCCGGCCAUAAUCCUGACUCACGAGUAUAUCAGGAACGGAACCUAGGAGAGACGCAGAAGCCAGCCUGUGUUGGAACUGAAAGUUCCAGCAGGACGGGUUUUAUAGCUCCUGCAGCCUGCCAUCUGGCUUCAGCAGUGACUCAGCCCCAGGAACGACGCUCCAGGAGCCGACCCCGACCGAGCUGGCCAUGACGAAGACUUGGGUGUGCAUAUACCACUUUCUCCUUUUCAACUGGUAUAUUUUCAUCAAUCAUUACAUCUCACUGAAAAGCAAAACUCAGUUGGGAUCCAAAGUCUUUCAAGAUGGUGGACGGUGGAAGUACUUGACGAUCUUGAAUCUGCUCUUGCAGACCAUUUUCUUCGGGGUCGCCUGCCUGGAUGAUGUGCUGAAAAGAAUCACGGGGAGAAAGACCAUUAAGCUUGUAACUGCCUUCAGAGACCUGCUCUUCACCACUCUGGCUUUUCCUGCAUCCGCGUUUAUAUUUUUGGCAUUUUGGAGCAUCUUUCUCUAUAAUCGAGAACUCAUUUACCCCAAGGCCAUUGAAGGCAUCUUCCCUGCGUGGCUGAAUCAUGCAAUGCACACUACCAUAUUGCCCUUCUCACUGGGUGAGAUCAUCCUCAGACCAUAUCACUACCCAUCGAGGAAAACGGGACUCACCCUGCUGGCUGCUGCUGGCCUUGCCUACAUCGGCAGGGUCCUGUGGCUCUACUUUGAAACGGGCACGUGGGUGUAUCCUGUGUUUGCCCAGCUCAGCCCCUUUGGCCUGGCAGUCUUCUUCUCUCUCAGCUAUGUUUUGCUUGCAGCCGUCUACCUGCUUGGAGAAAAGCUCAACCAGUGGAAAUGGGGUGACAGGAUGCCGCCACCGAAGAAGAGGAAGUGAUCACACACCAUUUUCCAAGAAUCAAAGAUGAUGAAAACACAAGACUUUUUUUUUUUUUCUUUUAACUUUCAGGUUGGGGGAAGUGGUGGAGCAACAUAGGAAGAUAGAAAGUGCAGGGAGUGACACUCAAAUGUAAUAAGAGCAAUAUGAAAGUAGCUUCAUUGGAGCAGACUUGACUCUGGAAAGCUGACUGCACGUGCCAAAAGCAACUCCUGUGGCCUGGGAAUGUUCUGCCUCAGUCUGACCUGCACGUGGGAUGGAUGACCUCUGGUCAAAGUCACACAAAUGUAAGGUCGCAGUUUGUCGGCAGAGAGGCCAAGCUUCUCUUCUCGGAGGAAGCUAAUGGCAACCUAGGUGAGAGAUUACCUGCGGGAGGCCAAGUUAGAUGGCCACGAUCUACCAGAUCUAAUCCUAGCCCUGGGCCAUUUCUAAAUCAUCCCAAGCUUCCUACAUAAAAUAAACGUUUUGGAAUGCUAGGCACUUUGGUGAACUUCUCAUCCACUGUUUUAUUCCUCCCUCUAGAAAUGUUGGGAGAUAAAGUCGACCAAUUUUUUUUUUUUUUGUCCACCUGGUACAAUAGCACAUGAAUUGGACCAAUGAGAAAAUCAAUUAUCAAAAAUAAUGGGAAAUCUUACCUUCUAGGGAGCAAAGAUUCAUACACUUUGAACAUAGUAACCUCACCCAAAUCUCUUUCAUUGGAAUGUUCAUUAAUUCAUCAAAUGAAUGCUGUACCUUUAACUGGGAAAGACUCUAGAUGGGGAGUGAUCAAAGGCUGCUGCGACUUUAUGUGGUUAAGCAAAGCUAAUUAUUAGGUGAUUGCUGAGGAGUCACGAACCUUACUUUGAUUUUCUCUAUAGAGUUAUUUGGAGUGAAAGAGGCCUUU